CAUAAAAACACACAUAAAAAUCAUAAGAAAAGCAUCCACAACAGUAACAUUAAUAAAAGCUGAAAAGAAGAAAACAAGAUCCACCUCGAUCACCCCUCCUUCUUCCACACACACACACACAGAUCUUUCCCAGAAAAGAAAACCAUUCUUGUUAUCUUUCUUGAUAAGGAGAGAGAGAGAGAGGAAGAAUUUAUAGGUUAAAACAUCAACCCUCAAGUCUCUACAAGUCCACCUGUUAUUCACACUCGCUUCAGCAGAAAACUGCUUUCUCUCUCUCUCUCUCUCAUUUUAAUUUCUUGUUUUCCGGGCUAAGGAUCUUGAAAGUCUAAAAAAAGAUUGAAAAUUUCGAUACCCGAUAAACCUCCAUAGCCAAGAUUUCGUUUUUAGUAAUAUAUCCAAAGAGGUGAGGCCGGAAAAGGAAAGAGAAUGAGGGAAGAGGAUUCCAAUUGGUUUUCCAAAUGGGAAGAGGAAUUGCCGUCGCCGGAGGAGCUGAUGCCCUUGUCCCAGUCCCUAAUAACUCCUGAUCUAGCGAUUGCUUUCAACAUUCCUAGCCCACAACAGCCUCUCCACCACACGCCGCCACAUCCGCCUCAGCAUCCGCCGCAAUCUACUGCCCACUCCUCCCAACCCAAUUCCUCGGCUGAAUUCGACUCGCCGGAGGGCGGAGGAGGGGGUGGCGGAACUGGGUCGGACGAGCCCGCCAGAACCCUCAAGCGUCCCCGGCUCGUGUGGACCCCACAGCUGCACAAGAGAUUUGUGGAUGCGGUGGCCCAUUUGGGGAUCAAGAAUGCUGUUCCGAAGACAAUUAUGCAGCUCAUGAGUGUGGAUGGUCUCACCAGGGAAAAUGUCGCCAGCCAUUUGCAGAAGUACCGGCUUUAUUUGAAGCGGAUGCAGGGAAUUUCCAACGGCGGUGGAGGCGGCAACAAUAGCCCGGCCGCGCUGUCCGCUUCCUGCAUGGACCCUGCCACUGACCAUUUAUUCGCCAGUUCCCCCGUGCCAGCACAUUUUCUGCACCCGGGCCGGCCAAAUUCAGAGCAUUUCUUGCCAUUCGUGCCGGUGGCUGCAAUGCAGCAUCACCACCCCAUGGCGGGGGCCGGGCACCACCAUCCUCAGCUGCAGCAGCAGUUUAGGCAUUUCGGUAACUCACCCCCAAAUGGGCAGUUUGAGCAUCCUUUUGUGAGGCAAUCACCGCAGCAGCCGCAGCGAACGCCUCACAUGGAGGAUGUGGAGUCGGCCGCCACCGCCAAGAAUGGGAGGAAAGUUCUCACCCUGUUUCCUACUGGGGAUGAUUGAGCAUUGGGUAAUUAUUGACUUUUUUCUAGGUAAUCUCUGCAGCAUCGUCGGCCAAUUUAGCAUCUUGGCCUUGUGAAAAAUCCAGUCUUGGGGUAACUAUAUAACUCUUUUUCUUCUCAAUUUGGUGUUUUUAGCUGUUCUUGAUGCUAUAGGUUGAGCUAUUGCAAUCCCAUUGUCCUGAAAUGAUUCACUAUUUCAAUUAUUCUGCUCAUGUCAGUGUUGGUAUGUGCUUACUAGAAUUGCUGGUGCAUAAUGUAACUUCUGUUCCAUGAAUUUCCACUCUAAAAUGUGUAAUUAAGU